GCAGCAGCAGCAGCAGCAGCAGCAGCAGCAGCAGCAGCAGCAGCAGCAGCAGCAGCAGCAGCAGCAGCAGCAGCAGCAGCAGCAGCACAGCAGCAGCAGCAGCAGCAGCAGCAGCAGCAGCAGCAGCAGCAGCAGCAGCAGCAGCAGCAGCAGCAGCAGCAGCAGCAGCAGCAGCAGCAGCAGCAGCAGCAGCAGCAGCAGCAGCAGCAGCAGCAGCAGCAGCAGCAGCAGCAGCAGCAGCAGCAGCAGCAGCAGCAGCAGCAGCAGCAGCAGCACAGCAGCAGCAGCAGCAGCAGCAGCAGCAGCAGCAGCAGCAGCAGCAGCAGCAGCAGCAGCAGCAGCAGCAGCAGCAGCAGCAGCAGCAGCAGCAGCAGCAGCAGCAGCAGCAGCAGCAGCAGCAGCAGCAGCAGCAAGCAGCAGCAGCAGCAGCAGCAGCAGCAGCAGCAGCAGCAGCAGCAGCAGCAGCAGCAGCAGCAGCAGCAGCAGCAGCAGCAGCAGCAGCAGCAGCAGCAGCAGCAGCAGCAGCAGCAGCAGCAGCAGCAGCAGCAGCAGCAGCAGCAGCAGCAGCAGCAGCAGCAGCAGCAGCAGCAGCAGCAGCAGCAGCAGCAGCAGCAGCAGCAGCAGCAGCAGCAGCAGCAGCAGCAGCAGCAGCAGCAGCAGCAGCAGCAGCAGCAGCAGCAGCAGCAGCAGCAGCAGCAGCAGCAGCAGCAGCAGCAGCAGCAGCAGCAGCAGCAGCAGCAGCAGCAGCAGCAGCAGCAGCAGCAGCAGCAGCAGCAGCAGCAGCAGCAGCAGCAGCAGCAGCAGCAGCAGCAGCAGCAGCAGCAGCAGCAGCAGCAGCAGCAGCAGCAGCAGCAGCAGCAGCAGCAGCAGCAGCAGCAGCAGCAGCAGCAGCAGCAGCAGCAGCAGCAGCAGCAGCAGCAGCAGCAGCAGCAGCAGCAGCAGCAGCAGCAGCAGCAGCAGCAGCAGCAGCAGCAGCAGCAGCAGCAGCAGCAGCAGCAGCAGCAGCAGCAGCAGCAGCAGCAGCAGCAGCAGCAGCAGCAGCAGCAGCAGCAGCAGCAGCAGCAGCAGCAGCAGCAGCAGCAGCAGCAGCAGCAGCAGCAGCAGCAGCAGCAGCAGCAGCAGCAGCAGCAGCAGCAGCAGCAGCAGCAGCAGCAGCAGCAGCAGCAGCAGCAGCAGCAGCAGCAGCAGCAGCAGCAGCAGCAGCAGCAGCAGCAGCAGCAGCAGCAGCAGCAGCAGCAGCAGCAGCAGCAGCAGCAGCAGCAGCAGCAGCAGCAGCAGCAGCAGCAGCAGCAGCAGCAGCAGCAGCAGCAGCAGCAGCAGCAGCAGCAGCAGCAGCAGCAGCAGCAGCAGCAGCAGCAGCAGCAGCAGCAGCAGCAGCAGCAGCAGCAGCAGCAGCAGCAGCAGCAGCAGCAGCAGCAGCAGCAGCAGCAGCAGCAGCAGCAGCAGCAGCAGCAGCAGCAGCAGCAGCAGCAGCAGCAGCAGCAGCAGCAGCAGCAGCAGCAGCAGCAGCAGCAGCAGCAGCAGCAGCAGCAGCAGCAGCAGCAGCAGCAGCAGCAGCAGCAGCAGCAGCAGCAGCAGCAGCAGCAGCAGCAGCAGCAGCAGCAGCAGCAGCAGCAGCAGCAGCAGCAGCAGCAGCAGCAGCAGCAGCAGCAGCAGCAGCAGCAGCAGCAGCAGCAGCAGCAGCAGCAGCAGCAGCAGCAGCAGCAGCAGCAGCAGCAGCAGCAGCAGCAGCAGCAGCAGCAGCAGCAGCAGCAGCAGCAGCAGCAGCAGCAGCAGCAGCAGCAGCAGCAGCAGCAGCAGCAGCAGCAGCAGCAGCAGCAGCAGCAGCAGCAGCAGCAGCAGCAGCAGCAGCAGCAGCAGCAGCAGCAGCAGCAGCAGCAGCAGCAGCAGCAGCAGCAGCAGCAGCAGCAGCAGCAGCAGCAGCAGCAGCAGCAGCAGCAGCAGCAGCAGCAGCAGCAGCAGCAGCAGCAGCAGCAGCAGCAGCAGCAGCAGCAGCAGCAGCAGCAGCAGCAGCAGCAGCAGCAGCAGCAGCAGCAGCAGCAGCAGCAGCAGCAGCAGCAGCAGCAGCAGCAGCAGCAGCAGCAGCAGCAGCAGCAGCAGCAGCAGCAGCAGCAGCAGCAGCAGCAGCAGCAGCAGCAGCAGCAGCAGCAGCAGCAGCAGCAGCAGCAGCAGCAGCAGCAGCAGCAGCAGCAGCAGCAGCAGCAGCAGCAGCAGCAGCAGCAGCAGCAGCAGCAGCAGCAGCAGCAGCAGCAGCAGCAGCAGCAGCAGCCAGCAGCAGCAGCAGCAGCAGCAGCAGCAGCAGCAGCAGCAGCAGCAGCAGCAGCAGCAGCAGCAGCAGCAGCAGCAGCAGCAGCAGCAGCAGCAGCAGCAGCAGCAGCAGCAGCAGCAGCAGCAGCAGCAGCAGCAGCAGCAGCACAGCAGCAGCAGCAGCAGCAGCAGCAGCAGCAGCAGCAGCAGCAGCAGCAGCAGCAGCAGCAGCAGCAGCAGCAGCAGCAGCAGCAGCAGCAGCAGCAGCAGCAGCAGCAGCAGCAGCAGCAGCAGCAGCAGCAGCAGCAGCAGCAGCAGCAGCAGCAGCAGCAGCAGCAGCAGCAGCAGCAGCAGCAGCAGCAGCAGCAGCAGCAGCAGCAGCAGCAGCAGCAGCAGCAGCAGCAGCAGCAGCAGCAGCAGCAGCAGCAGCAGCAGCAGCAGCAGCAGCAGCAGCAGCAGCAGCAGCAGCAGCAGCAGCAGCAGCAGCAGCAGCAGCAGCAGCAGCAGCAGCAGCAGCAGCAGCAGCAGCAGCAGCAGCAGCAGCAGCAGCAGCAGCAGCAGCAGCAGCAGCAGCAGCAGCAGCAGCAGCAGCAGCAGCAGCAGCAGCAGCAGCAGCAGCAGCAGCAGCAGCAGCAGCAGCAGCAGCAGCAGCAGCAGCAGCAGCAGCAGCAGCAGCAGCAGCAGCAGCAGCAGCAGCAGCAGCAGCAGCAGCAGCAGCAGCAGCAGCAGCAGCAGCAGCCAGCAGCAGCAGCAGCAGCAGCAGCAGCAGCAGCAGCAGCAGCAGCAGCAGCAGCAGCAGCAGCAGCAGCAGCAGCAGCAGCAGCAGCAGCAGCAGCAGCAGCAGCAGCAGCAGCAGCAGCAGCAGCAGCAGCAGCAGCAGCAGCACAGCAGCAGCAGCAGCAGCAGCAGCAGCAGCAGCAGCAGCAGCAGCAGCAGCAGCAGCAGCAGCAGCAGCAGCAGCAGCAG